AUGCCUCGAACACGACAAGUACCACAGCCACACUCCCAACAAGAUAGAGAGCUUUUGUUGAUGAUCAACAUUGAUGAACAAGCCAUUCCUCUCUUGGAGAAGAUUGGAUUGAGGCGCAUUAGGUCCAAUGCCCUUGAUCAUAUUCAGAUGAUGUUGCUGCAAGAGAAGACGCUGGAUCUUGAUAUAUUGGAUCCACAAGAGAAAAGGAUUCUCUCUGUUUGGGCAAGAUACAGACAUGUGGACAUGGAGACUAUCCAAGCGACGCGUAAUCUGAGCGACGAAGAUGCAUUGGAGACCUUACAACACCUCAACCUCAUCAAGACAAUUCAAGAAAGUGACCUAUAUGCUAUGACAACAUUCAAGAACACAAGUAUCGGGAAAGAGCUUGGAUGUUUGCAUGAUAUUGCAAUCUUCAUCCAUGCCGUCGGCAAAUGUUGUUGA